CGUCAAGGAUUACCGAUAAUAGGCUUUGCUCAGCUCUACCUGCAGUCAUGUCGUGAGCAGACACGGAGCGGAUACAACGUUAUAGGAGACUAUGGAUGCCUCGAUUAUAUUUCAUUUGAUUGUUUUCUUUCUUUUAUUAAGUCAUAUCAGCUCAGAGUGUUUUCCAGGAUGCUCCUGUGGGACUGACCGUUAUGGGAGGUCACUCACGUGUAUGGAAGCGCCACUAUCCGGCAUUCCUGAGGACAUACCGGAAGAUUUAACUAAAAUCCGAAUAGAGAAAUCACUGCUAAGUGAGCUACCAAAGGCAGCGUUUUCCCAUGUUAAGUUGCUAAAGCAUCUCUGGCUGAACUUCAAUGACAUCGCCAUCAUAAAUAUCAAAAGUCUGGAAGGUUUGGGCAACUUGACGGAGCUCCGGUUGCAGGGUAACAAACUGCGUUCAGUACCAUGGACAGCGUUUGAGGAAACCCCCAACCUUAAGAUCCUGGACCUGAAGCACAACCGCAUCGACGCCCUCCCGGAACACGCGCUAAAGUUUCUACCAGGCCUGACCUACUUAGAUCUAUCCUCUAAUCAACUCUCAGUCAUUUCUAAAGACGUUUUCAUGAACUGGCCUCUCUAUCACACUGAAAACAAACACGAGCGACCUACAGCGUCCAACGUUGUUCUGGCGCUUCACGACAACCCGUGGCUGUGCGACUGUCGUCUGGGAGGCUUCAUUGAGUUCAUCAAAUCUCUGAGUCCACCGUUCAUUCUAAUGAACUCAUAUUUGACAUGCUCUAGCCCCGAAUUCAAGGCAGGGAAAUUUUUCCACGAGGUCGAUCUAAAGACGUGUGUGAAGCCUGAGGUCAGCUCGCCAGACACCAACAUCACCGCGCCGUUAGGACGGAACAUCACGCUAACAUGCUUUGCCACGGCCAGACCUGAACCUGCUGUUCGGUGGAUAUAUGGUCUUAAGAUACUAAGAGGAUUUCGUGAGAUUCAGAGCCGUGUGGAUGAGGACACCAUCAAGUCUCAGCUGAUCCUUCCUUCGCUCCAUCCGGCCGAUCGAGGGCUUUACACCUGCACUGCCAACAACUUCAUCGGCAAUUCCUCCAUCAGUGUUUUACUGGAUGUGAAGUCUCUGGAAGGCUCAGUGUCUCAUUCCUCAGGCCUCCCUGCUGCCAUCGCCGAGGAAAAUGUUUACAUUGAUAUCCGUAUUGCCAAGCAGACAGUCUAUGGCAUCACAGUCGAGUGGCAUGCUGUGACAGACAAUCCAGCUGAAACCUGGUUCACCAUCCAUUUUGGCCGAUAUGACACACUCAAGAAGGAGCAGAUAUAUAUUGGGCCAGGCAUCAACACAUACUCUGUCACAGACCUGUUACCAGCCACUAAAUAUGAAAUCUGUGUUACUCUAAAAAACCAGGCUCCUCGGAAUGGCCAGUGCAUUGUAUUUGUGACAGGCAGUGAUUUCAAUGAGAUGGAACAGAGAGAGAAACUCAUUCAUAUUGUCAUCAUUGUACUUGCCAUGGUCCUCGCUGUGCCCGCGGGAAUGUACGCCUGCACCACCGAUGCCAAGUUCAACUGCUUUGAGCGUUGCACGGAGAUGUGGAGAAACAGGAGACAUUCGGAACGCUCUCCCACAUCUGAUGAGAGACAGGGCACGUUUGACAGUCUCCAAGCUGCCAGUGAUGAGGGCCUCUGCAAGGAGUCCAGCAAAGAGCAGAAAGCCAGACGAAGGUCUGCUGAGAAGAUACAGAAACCAAAGAAUGAACGAAGACCGACAGCUGAGCUUUACUGACACCACACUCUCAAAGACAGCUAUAGACUCAUUAAUACCCAUGAAAGGAUUCAGACAAGCCUCCAUUUAAUUACAUUGUGACAUUUAUCCAGCUUGAGUGGAGAUACGAGUAAAGUUAAUAUGCUUAUUAUGGAUGCCACAAUCUUCAGAAGAGAGUCUCAACUGGUCGAACUCAUGGAUCAGCUGCUGCUGGACAGGGUUUUCCAGACAAACUGGUAAAAUCCACGGAAUAAAAGCAAAGACCAUUAAUACACUGAAUCUCUGGUACAACUAUAUUUAGAAGAGAACAAAUGCACUUUGACAACUCGUGACAAUUAGUAGGGCUCAAAACAUAGAAAACAUUCAUAAUACAACUACUGUAUAUAAAAUAGAUUUUGAUCAGUUUAUUAUAUGUGGUUGAUGAUGAUAUUUUUAAUUAAAUGAUGAAUUAUUUUAGGUUGAGUUGCACUUGUAUGAUUGUUUAUGUAACAGAUUUAUUUUAAUGCACAUAAUACGAACACAGGAGGACAAAACAGAUUAAGAUUUUUUUUAUGCCUGUUCCAUAUCAUGUCGAUCCAACAGUGGACCCAAUACUUUACUUUUAAAAUAGACACAGGUGUCAGUUAGCAAGCACUUUGCAAACAAACUGAAAAUGUCAUAUGCAGACAAUGAAAACUGAACAAUGAGUGAUACAAGGCUGAAAUACACUGACCUUUAAAGGAACUUAAAAAAGUUGCUGUUUUGGAAAAUA